UCCGCAUCCAUCCGCCCCUGAUCAACCACCUCUUGAAAUUGCAGCCGGAUUGGCACAAGCUCCAAUUGACAAAGGCCUCGAUAAAUUGCGUGAAUUCGUUGACACCAUUCGUGGAAAGAUCUGA